AUGCAGAGUGCAGGAGUGAACAGCAACUCAAGCAAUAAUUUCAUAUUAAAUGAUUCAUGGUCUUCAACUCAAAAAAUCAUAUUGUUGCAGAUCCUAGUUGGAUUUUUUCUUUAUAUAAAUUGUUUAAUGAUAUUUACAUUUCUUAAAAAGGAAGUAUUUAGGGAAGAAACAAGAUACAUUUUGUUUGCACAAACUCUUUUUGUGGAUAGUGCAUUCAUACUGUUAGCAGACUUGCUUUCACUUGGGACUUAUUUCCAGUUCCCAAUAAAUAUGGGUAUUUGUUCGAUUUGUGUCCUUAUUCAGAAUUUUUUCAUCUGCUGUACAGCACUGACUUUGUUGGCAAUGUGUCUGGAACGCUAUGUGGCUAUAUGCAUGCCUCUGAGACACGCUGAGAUUUCCACAAGCAGGACCAUAUCAUAUGGGUUUUUUAUCAUAUGGAGUAUCAGUUCUAUAAUUCCAGCAUUUAGUUUUAUAGGAUUUUGGGCAGAAGCCCCAACUAAUACUCUGUUCUCCUCUGCUGUAUGUAAUGCAGAGGUUAUGUUAAUCAAAGAAUGGCAGGCGCAUAGUCGUGCUGUAAUUUAUGUUAUGCUUUUUCUUUUUACAGUCAUUAUCAUUGUCUUCACCUACAUCAAGAUAAUGAUUGCCGCCAGAGCUGCUUCCACUGAGAAAAUGAACUCAACCAAUAAGAGCAUGAGAACUGUGCUACUUCAUGGUGUUCAGCUGUUUCUGUGCAUGAUGCAGUUUUUUACCCCAUAUAUAGAAAUGGCAUUUUAUAAGGUUGAAACCAUGGCACUUAGAAAUAUAAAAUAUUUCAAUUUAAUUUUUUUUUUAUUUUUACCCCGUAGUCUUAGUCCAUUGGUUUAUGGUCUAAGAGAUGAAAAUUUUUUCCAUGUCUUAAGGCAUUAUGCUUUGUGUGGUACUGAUCGCCUUUUCUCAGCAUCAAGGGAAAUUAAACAAUUGAAAAUAAAACCAAUUUAA